UCACUAUAAAUAGUUACAGAAAAUAAUAAAAUAAUCAAAAACUCACUUUAGCUAUUGCUUCCAAUCCCCAUUUCAGGCGGCGAACUGCGAAUUAGUUUCAGGUAAUUUUUUACUCUUUCAGCAGUUUGUAUAUCUUGCAAUGGCAGAUGGUCAAGGAACUGAUAAGAACAUUGAGAUAUGGAAAAUCAAGAAGCUGAUCAAGGCACUGGAAGCUGCUAGAGGCAAUGGUACCAGUAUGAUCUCUCUUAUUAUGCCUCCACGUGAUCAAAUAUCUCGGGUUACAAAGAUGCUGGGGGAUGAGUUUGGAACUGCUUCAAACAUCAAAAGUAGGGUGAACCGGCAGUCUGUCCUUGGUGCAAUUACAUCUGCUCAACAGAGGCUUAAGCUUUAUAAUAAGGUUCCUCCAAAUGGACUAGUUCUUUAUACAGGAACAAUCAUAACCGAAGAUGGGAAAGAAAAGAAGGUUACCAUUGACUUUGAACCCUUCAGGCCCAUAAAUGCCUCUCUUUAUCUCUGUGACAACAAAUUCCACACAGAAGCUCUGAGUGAACUUCUAGAAUCUGAUGACAAGUUUGGUUUUAUUGUUAUGGAUGGGAAUGGGACCCUUUUUGGGACGUUAAGUGGCAACACCCGGGAGGUGCUUCACAAAUUUACUGUGGAUCUUCCAAAGAAACAUGGAAGAGGAGGGCAAUCAGCUCUGCGAUUUGCUCGUCUUCGAAUGGAGAAGCGCCACAACUAUGUGAGGAAGACAGCUGAGCUCGCCACACAGUUUUAUAUCAAUCCUGCUACCAGCCAGCCUAAUGUUUCUGGAUUAAUUCUUGCUGGGUCAGCUGAUUUCAAGACAGAGUUGAGUCAGUCUGAUAUGUUUGACCCUCGUCUUCAGGCAAAAAUUCUGAAUGUAGUAGAUGUUUCUUACGGAGGGGAAAAUGGUUUUAACCAGGCAAUUGAGCUGUCCUCCGAGAUCCUCUCCAAUGUGAAGUUUAUACAGGAGAAGCGCUUGAUAGGGAAGUACUUUGAGGAAAUCAGCCAGGAUACCGGCAAGUAUGUUUUUGGUGUGGACGACACACUGAAAGCUUUGGAAAUGGGUGCUGUUGAGACACUCAUUGUCUGGGAAAAUCUGGACAUUAAUAGGUAUCUGCUGAAAAAUAGCUCUACUGGGGAAAUUGUUGUCAAACACUUUAACAAGGAGCAAGAGGGCAAUCAGAGUAACUUCCGGGAUCCAGCCACAUCUGCCGAAUUGGAGGUUCAGGAGAAAACAUCACUGCUUGAGUGGUUUGCUAAUGAGUACAGACGUUUUGGGUGCACGCUAGAGUUCGUUACCAACAAGUCUCAGGAGGGAUCUCAGUUCUGCAGAGGCUUUGGUGGAAUUGGUGGAAUCCUCCGAUACCAGCUUGACAUGCGAUCAUUUGAUGAGCUUUCUGAUGAUGGAGAAACUUACGAAGAUUCUGAAUAGCAAUCAAUCAACCAUCUCCCAACGCCACGAGAGGGUGGAGCUUGCACCGGUCCAGGGGUUGUCGUGCUUAAGGUGAUCACACUCAACAAGUUUCAAGGAGUUCUAAUCAAGUUAUUUACCUCGAAGCCCGAUUUCCUGGUUGCUGCCCGGAGGACCGAACCUGACUGAUGAAUUGGACAAGCUUGGUAUACUGUCUUCCCUUGACCGCAGACAGUAGUCGCACUGCAAUUAUUCCACCAGCGGAUGUAAAGGUGUAGAAGCAACUGCAUCCUGUUCAUACAAUGGUGACGUUUACUUGGAAAUGGUUAGUUUUACUAUUUUGGAUGGGGCACAAAGCUCAUUCUGUACGUUUUUUUUAUGAGGACCCAAAGAAAGAAAAAAAGGGAAAAACUUGAAGUUUAAAUUGAAAUAAUGAUAUUUUUAGAUAUAUGUAUACAUGGAUGGAUAGGGUGGCAUUGCUUAACUUGCUUAUCUUGAUG